AAGCCAGUUCUGUCGGAGUAUUGACACGAUGCACUGCCUGAGUUUGCUCGUCCUCGCCGCGGUGGCGGCCAUGGCGUCGGCAGCGGGUCAGUUCUACGUACCACGAGCCUACUACGUGAUCGACGCGCUCGGCCACGAGUCGGAGCCGGUGCCUCUCCGCCGUCUGCGCCGCUCCCUAGUCCCGUACCCCGUGCAGAGUUAUCCUGGUGGCAGCAGCGCCACUGCUAACGCUAAUGCUGAGUCUUGGGGCGGCAGCGCGAACGCGAACGCGAACGCUCAGGCGCACUCCGGCGGCAACGGCGGCUGGGGGGUGCCGGGCGCUAUUUACGGCUCUGCUCCAUAUGGACUAAGUUCUGGAGAAUCCCGUCGUCAGUUCGGGCCAGCCUACGGUCGUUCUGUUACAGCGACCACUUCCGUAGGCGUCGACGCUUCAGGCUCCGGCUACUACGACCAAAUAGCUUCAGUGUCCAAAUAAUUAACCUUAUGUUUUCACUUUCUUUGUUCCUAUUAAUAAAUUAAUUUAAGUUUUUGUUUAAAAAUGGAUGGAUGAGAUAGAAAUAAAAUGUGUAGUUAUUAA